CUGCACUGCUGCAGGCAGACUUCAGUUCAAAGGACAGGAAGCAGGACGGAGUAAACAAGCCUCCUCACAAAUCACUGGACUACUUUCUUUAUGUAUAUCAAAUUCUGCCGCAUUUAUGGAGGGGAUAAAAAAGACGACGCCAAAGAAAACUUGUCAUCCCAGUUAUCUGUUGAACUGGAGGGGGAGAGAGGCAAACAGACCGAGGGAAAUGCACGUCUGUAUCGUGCCGGCUGUUUAUUCCUCACACUGAUCUGCCUCGUCCUGCUGCUGGCCGUCAUUUUCCUCAGUGUGAAACUCCAAACUGGAUCCAAAGAUUGCCCAGGGAGGGGGGAAGCAGUAGCAGGCAGGGCGAGCACUUCAUUAACUGCAACCUGCAACUAUGACCAAUGCCAGACCGACUUCCCCAACAUUCAUCACCAGAAGCACGACUGCCACCAGUGUGGUAACGGAUGGCUGCCGUUUGAAAAGUCGUGUUAUUACCUGUCCACCGUCAGGAUGACCUGGUCCAUGAGCAAGAACAACUGCACCGCCAGAGGAGGACGUUUGGCCAUCAUCUCCAGCCAGAAUGUUCAGACUUUUCUGACUGGGAAGGGGAACGGAUUAUUCUGGAUCGGGCUGAGGCGUACUGGAAAUCAAUGGACUUGGGUCGACACCAGUGCACUGGGAGACAGUUAUUGGGAAGAUAAUCAGUCUGAUGGGGAUUGUGGCCUCCUGAGAGGUGCAAGCUCCCCCCAGAAGAACUGGAUGACGUCGCCCUGCGCCCACUCAUCCUACUUCAUCUGUGAAAAGACGGCCUGACAGCGUCGCCUUUUCAACAGAGAAAUGAGCAAACGCAUUCUCCGUCUGCAAGCAUCGACUCCUCAGUAACACGUCGCAUCGUUUCUCUUUCCACUUUUCAAUCAGUAGAAUCCGGCAAAUAAAUGACAAAGCUUCUUCCACAAUAGCUGUUUUGUAUUUAACACCUGUGGAUUUGUAACUUAUAUCUUCUUGCAGCAUCAUGUAGUAUAAUUUGAACCUGAAUGUAGACUUUGUUUCAACAAGGUUUUAUUUUCAUAUAAAAAAGUCAUGCAUCUACCUAACAA